UCUCCAUUCCCACAGAAUCAUUACAAUUGCAGCUGCAUGAAGGCCAACUUGUGCCUCAUGAUGCAACCUGUGGGAGAGAAUCGAAGGCAUUUCCACCAGUGCAUGAUAGAGUUUAUCACGGCUAAUUUUCGCUUAUCCAAAUGGCAUUGGAUAUCAACUUGGAAUGAUUUCCACAUAGAAUUUCGCUGCCCCUCAUUCGAACUUCUAUCCCCAAAGGAACUCAAGGAAGAAUUCGAGACCAGGCUGCUCCCUAAAAUCUUCACAUAUGAAUUAUCCCACGAACAGCGUAGUAAGCUGGAGUCCCUGAACACAUACCAAGUGUGCGGACCUAAAUUGAUCCGCAUGCCAGACGGGUAUUCUGCGCCUCCAGUUACCACAGGCGUCAAGCAAGUUAUUGGAUCGAAAUUGCAAGAGAAUGUUGACUUCACAACGCCAGAUUCUGAAAUGUAUAAAAGCAGUCGAGUAGCGAUGGCUCUUUUAGGGGCAACUGACUGGGAUACGAAAAGAAUGCAUGUAUCUGGAAACAUGCCCAUCCGAAGAUGUCUUUCUUUCAUGUUGCAGGACGAGGAUGAAAGGCUUCAGGAGUCACUACUUUCCUGGGGUGAAGCCAGCAAGCGAUGGAAAGGCGGAUACAAUAUUGCAACACAUGCACAGGUCACAGAGGACGUUACCUUCAUGGAAAAGGUGCAGAAGAGAGUCCGCAAUUACUUCGAAGAACAAAUUCAGCGAGCAUCAGGAAGAGGUCAUAGAGGUUUUGAUACAUCGUCGCCUGUCUCAACGAAUCAUCAGAGGUACACUAGACGUUUGGAUUUCUCUAAUCUGGAAUCAACUCCUUUAUCAUCCGUACGACGCAGUGCCAAUUAGAGGCAGAUGGAACACAACAUUCCAGCAGUUAUGUGUCUAAAAGUGAUCCAAAUUUUAACGUUGCCUGGUAUGGAUUGUCUAUGGCGGUAUGAGGCCACUGUUGGAUAAAAGAAUGGAAUUCUUUGAUGAAAAAAGUCAAGUUUUGAAAAUUGCAAUUAAAGCAUGAAGCGUAAAUUGAAUAUAAAGGCAAGUUGAUUUAGUUCAAAACCUUAAAAGGUUUAUUAGAGGAUUUAACACAAAUGCAACA